AUGGACCAAGAUCCCUUUGAACAGGUAGUGGUCGACACAGGGGAACAAAUAGAUAGGCUAGCGCAUUAUUUCAACAGUAACUCAAGGGAAGAGAAUGACGAAGUGUACGAUAUAUUGAAAGAUGUGGAGGAAACGAUACAAGACCUCGAAAAGAGUUGCAUAGUGAUGCAAAGAAGUGGCCAAGAUGUAUCGAAACGAGAAACACAAGUGCAUGAACUAGUUAGGGCUUUAAGGGAGCUCAAAGCGGUAUCGAAGUCGCAACCACAAGUACAAUCGCAAGCGCAGCCGCAAUUGGCAUUUGAAGAGACACAGACACCAGAUCAAGAGAUGUCACCCAUGUAUGAGAACCCGUUCCAGGAGCAGAUGCUGAGGGAACAGGACACGCAUCUCGACAGUAUACAUCACACGAUGACGAAUUUGCAUUCACAAGCACAGACAAUGGGGGAAGAGCUACAGGAUCAGGGACAACUGCUGGACGAAAUGGACGGAAAUAUGGAUACAUUGACAAACAAAUUGUCGCGAGGCCGGCGUCAAUUGGAAUGGGUAUAUGAAAAGAAUAAAGAAAAGUUCAAUGACUGUUGCAUAGUCCUGCUAAUUAUUGCAUUGAUCGUUCUUCUGGUCCUGGCAUUCAUAGCAUAG